AAAUUACUCGUGCAUACCCAAUAGCAUAUCACGAGAGAAGAGGAGCAACGUGAUAAUGACACCAUUCCCUCUACCGCAACGAUAAACUCUGCACACAUUGCUCGGCUCAUAUUUAUAACCUUGUAGCUCACGCACGAUAGUCAUUUGCGGUUGAGAGUGCAAUGGAGAUUCUAUCGACCUCGUCAGUGUUUACUCUAACGGUGAUCGCUUUGAUCACCGUGAUCUUAUCGAAGUUCUUCCCAGCCAACAGACGUAUUGGAAGAACAAUAACGUGGCUCGCAUCAGACUCGUUACUUGGCCCGUUUUUGGCAAUUCUUCAUCCUGAAAAAAUCCUUGGUCCAGUUCUCGCCAUUUGUCUGCGAAUAACAAGUAUAAUUAUCAUCCAAACGCGAGAUAUCGAUGGAUUUCACUUUGCCGUGAAUCCGUGAUCCGUCAAUUAACCAGGGAGAUAGCUUCGAUCGUUUCAUAGAUCGAUCCUCAACGAGGAACAUAUUUAUUUUCUGAGAAAGAAGAAAGAGACGAGGAACUCUCUCCCUCCUUCACGAUCAGCAAAGGAGAUCGAUGUUCAAAAUUGCUCGCGACAGUUUGUGGAUCAUUUGCAAUAUAUCCUCUUCGAUGGACACGAAAGAAAGCUUUCGUUGGAUUCAACAAGGUCUAUCGCCUUUUGGAAUCGGUAUGAAUUCGAUGGAAGACGGAGGCAACGAGCUCCUCACGAGAGGAAGAAAUAUUUUCGCCAAUUUCCGUUGAUGCGAUUCCGUGUCCACGAUUAAUGAGAUUAUUAGGAGUCAGAGUGAUUCGACGAUCUUCGACUUUCUUCCUCGUGUUGUAUCGGAGAAUCUAAAGGAGCGCGGACAACGAGGCAUCGUUAGACCGGAUAUACUGCAUUUAUUGCUAGAAAUAAAGAGAAGUCUACCAUCGAUGAAAUGACUAUCGACGAUAUCGUUUCUCGAGCGAUUGGUUUCUACAUGGAUGGCUCUGACUCGCCUUCUAAUUUCAUGCGCUUCGUUUUAUGCAAGCGGAUCCUGCAUUUGGAUGUUGGGCAAAGGUUACGGAAAGAGAUAGAUCGAUGAAAUAUCUUAGGAAUCCUCUGUCAAGGGUGGAGUGUAUAUGGAGAUGAUGAUGCCGGAAACUCUUAGAAAGUAUUUGAUUUUCGUCGAUCGAGUCGGCACGCGAAAAUUCGCGUUAUCAGGGACGAUGGUGCAACUUUAUAUCCCGGCAAUAUCGUUUCUUCUCCUUACGUUGGAUCACGAUCCUAAAUAUUUUCUCGAUGAACUUCGAUCCCGAACGAUUUCACGAAAAGAACGAGGGGUAACAUCGUCCCUUACACCUAUUGUUGGAAAUUAAGAUUUUGAUGGUUCAUCCUUUGCGUCGAUUUCGAUCAGACUUAACGAGAGGAUGCCAGAAGGUUAUCGUCUUUCAGAAAAAUAAUCUUGUAUCGAUUCCUGAAGGAGGAAUCUGGAUUAGAUUAGGAGAAAGAAGAGACUUUGGUUAGUUAAAAAAAAAACUUCGUACAUUAUUUUGCAAGGAGAUUUAUAUGUAUAUAGACCAAAGAUUUUUGAUUUUAAUGAAAGUUUAGUGUGGAUAAUAUAUGUAAAGUAUAAUUGAUCACAUAUACGAAGUAUAUUUUUUUAUAUUAAGAUGGGAAAUCUUUUUGAGAAAGUGAAAUCAAUUUUCAAAGUAUUUUUUCAUUUCUUGAAUAGGAUUUGUCUUGGGAAUUUUUUUCUACAAUAGUCUGUGUGCAAUAAUUUAUUUUGCUUUAUCUUUGUAUCUGUUAAAGAGUUUUUUUUUAAAUAAAUAGAAAAAUCAUUUCCAAAACUUCGAGUGUCGAUUUCACUUUCUUCAGAUGAUAUUCUGCCGAAAAGAAAAUAACGUUAUAUAUUUAUUCGCAAAGUUUCGUCACAGGUAAAAAAUUUUUUCGUUUUUUAAUUUUUAAAUUAACGAUUGGCAUGGAUUUUUAUCCUAAAUGUCGCUCGAUUUGAUAAAUCGAAGGGUUGAACGAAAAUUUCUUAAUUAUUUUUUUUAAUUAAUUUUGAACGAUAAUUUUUUCUUUUCUUUUUUUUAACAAUUGUCAAUGAUUUUAAUUAUUUUACUUUCCUAAUAAAAUUUCAAAUAUUUUCCAUCGCGUAUAGAUAUUUCUAAUUUCACGAUAAAAAAGGGGGAACAAAAUUAGCAAGAAUUUAUCCAGGAUAAUCUAGCAGUGGUGGGGAAUCUUUCGUUAUUUCGAAUUGCGGUUUACGAGACAGAGACGAGAAAAAAACCCGCCGUACGAAAAAUCAAACGCGUAACACAACGUUGGGAGAAUUUCGAAACGGUAUUGUGCAGUUGCCGAUUUAAUUCCGCUUUAAUUCCCUCUUUUUAUCCCCCUUUUUUCUCUUCUCUUCUUUCUUUCUUUCUUUCAUUCCUUUUUUUUGUCGUAUUAUUCUCACUCGCGCGGAUCAGAAUCGACGGCCAACAAUUCCUACAAAACGAUAUUUUCAGAAUAUCGAGACGAGGAAGAACGCAGUUUGUUCACGUGGUUGACGUAACACAGGCAUUCUACCCCCCCUCUCCAUCCUCUGUCCCUCGUGCAACGAUAAAUCCGUAUAUGUAUUCGUCCAUAUUUAUAACAUUCCUCCUAGUCACUAGAGACAGAGUACGCUCGUGAACCAUCCUUGGUGGCCGAUGGAGUCACCGACGUUCCUUUUUUCGUUCAAGUUGUUGGCCAUCGGCCUCACGGCGAUCGUCCUCGCCAAAUUCGUCAGUUUAUUGCACCAUCAGUACAAUUAUUGGAGAAAGAGGCGGGUUCCCCAUGUAGGGGCCGUGCCCGUCCUCGGCUCGUCGUGGAGGAUAUUCACGCGCCGCAUGUCCCUUCCCAAUUUCUGUUCGCUCGUUUACAAGCACCGACCGAGCUCCAGGUACCUCGGCAUGAUGGACUGUUUCACGCCGGUUGUUGUGGUUCGCGACCCGGACCUGAUCAAGGAGAUAGCCGUGAAGAAUUUCGACCAUUUCCCCGAUCAUCACAGUUUCAUCAACGAGAAGAUAGACCCUAUAUUUGGGAAGAACGUGUUCUCCUUGAAGGGUGACCGAUGGAGGGAGAUGAGGAACACGCUGAGCCCUUCGUUCACCGCCAGCAAGAUGAGAUUCAUGUUCGAGCUCGUGUCCAGUUGUUCCGAGGAGUUCGUCCGUUAUCUGUACGAUCAUCCCGAGUUCUCGAGCUCGAUAGAGGCGAAGGAUGCGUUCACGAGGUACACGAACGACGUGAUAGCGACCGUGGCUUUCGGGAUAAGCGUGAACUCGAUGGAGAACCGGGACAACGAGUUUUACAUGAAAGGAGCGGACGCGACCAAUUUCGGCGGUAUAUUUCGACUGUUCAAGUUCAUGCUGUUCCGUAUGAAUCCACGUUUGACGAGGAUGGCGGGACUGUCGUUCCUUUCACGGGACACCGCCACCUUCUUCCACAGAGUGGUACGCGAGACCGUGAGAGCGAGGGACGAGAGGAGGAUAGUCCGGCCGGACAUGAUUCACCUUUUGAUGCAGGCUAGGGACAAGGAUAGGCGGCCCGCCGCCACGAAUAAUCGGAUGACCAUCGAUGACAUCACGGCCCAGGCGUUCAUCUUUUUCCUCGCCGGUUUCGACACGUCCUCCACGCUAAUGUGCUACGUUGCCCACGAGCUGGCACUUAACCCGCCCGUGCAGGAGAGAUUGAGGGAGGAGGUGGAUCGAUUCAUGGACGGGGGGAACGGGAUGAUCACGUACGAGGCACUGUUGAAAAUGGAGUACAUGGAUAUGGUUACGUCGGAGACAUUGCGAAAAUAUCCACCGAUAGUUUUCAUCGACAGGCUGUGCGUGGAGAAGUUCGAAUUGCCCCCGGCGGAGCAAGUGGAUCUGCUUCAAAUGUUGGAGUUCAACUUAACGGUUACGUUCCCUGCUGCGUCACUGCUCACGGUGCUUCUGGCCCUCGUCGGAAUGGAGGCGAUCAUGUCAGAGUUCUUCAACGACACAACGACCGCAUUUUACAUUAUACUGAUCGUUUGGAUCGCCGAUCAAUACGAUGCCAUUUGCUGCCACACGCCUGUUACAAAAAGACACUGGUUACGAUUCUUCUACCUCUAUCACUUCUCCUUCUAUGCCUACCAUUAUCGAUUCAACGGGCAGUACAGCAGUUUGGCUCUUGUCACGUCUUGGCUUUUUAUACAGCACUCGAUGCUAUACUUCUUCCACCACUACGAGUUGCCCGUGAUCCUGCAACAGGCCCAAUUACAGCACCUUCUGUUCCGAAAUCACGCACAGGCAGGUAUGGCCGAGCAACCCUCGCCAGAGCAACCCUCACCCAUUUCGAAUCGGGCGUUGACCAGUACCGAGCCAACACCUGAACCCUCACCUGCCAGAGAGUCGGCGAUCGCCACCGAGAAUCAACCGCAACCAACCCCGUCGGCCCCGUUGCAGCAACCCGGAUCCGACCCGACCAACCCUGCCAACGUGUCCGAGGAACGUGUCGAGCGUGCCGCAGCGGCGACACCAUCUUCGGCGUCCUCCAACGAAGAACAGAGUAACGAAGCAACAGGGGGUAGCACCGCCGCCACUGAGCAGCCAUCGCCGGACGGGAAAUCGGAUUGUAAAACGGAGGUGGCGAUAUCUGGCGUCUCCUCCUCGAAGAUCGGGGACAAUGGAUCAUCGACCGAUAGUUCGACGACGGAGGGGUUCGAGGUGAUCGAGGCCACGGAGGCGACGCGGAAGGAAACGACAUCCUGUCAGGACAAGUAGAGGAACAUUAAACGCCUCGAGCCAUGCCAGUUGCAUAUACACCCGGAUAGUCGAGGAGAGGUGGGAGGUUGUCAUUUCAGCGCGGGGUGCAUCCGCGAGAAUAGAUCGUCUUGAAGCCGAAGACCUCGAGGUUCGCAGACAAUUGAAACGGAAAGGGAGAGGAGAGAGAGAGAGAGAGGGAGGGAGAGAGACAGAAUAGAACCGUAUCGCUUAGCAGGAUGGACCGUUGAACGCUUAUCGCUCGAAUGAUACGUUUAUUUUUCUUUUUUUUUUUUUUUUCAACUUACGAAAAUGAAGAGACAAGACACCACGGACAAUACUUGCUUUCGCAAGAAUCGAACAAUUAUGUCGUAUAACAAUAUAUUUCGAACAAAUUUUUGUAAUUUUGGCAACGGAUCACGCGUUGAAAACAAAUUUUUAUUAGUUUAACGGGGGGAUAUGAUGAUGCUUCCGCGAGAAUUGAACGAUGAUUUUGUAAUUUGAUUGAGAACGAUUCUGGACAAAUUUCGAUUUUUUUUUUUUUUUGUAAUGGAGACAGGAAGCGGACGGACCAUUAUUAUUUGCGUAACCGAGAUCGAUAUCGAACGAUUUGGAAAAAAAUUAUUUUUGUAAUUUGACAUGGAUCGUACGCUUCUGCAAGAAUUGAACGACUUGUUUUGUAAUCGAUGUAAAAAACGAUUUAGAAAAAAAUUUCGAUCCUUUACUGGGGGCAAGGGGCGGAUUACGUUUAUAUUUUGUAAUUAAAAUUGGUAUCGAAUGAUUUUGAAAAAAAAAAAUUUCUAUCGUUUUGACAUUGACUACUAUACGCUUCUGCAAGAAUUAAAUGUUUAUUUUGUAAUUGAGAUCGAAACGUUUUUACAAAAAAAAAAAAAAAAAAAAAAAAAAAAAGAAAAAAAGAAAAAAAAAAUCUCGAUCCUCCGUUCAGAACGAGGAAAAUGUAUGGACCAUACAUUUUUAGCGUGGACCAUUAACACUUCUGUCGGAAUUAAACGUUCAUUUUAUAAUUAAAAAUCGGUUUUGAAAAAAAAAAAUACAAAAUCUCGAUUAUCUUUUAUUUGAUACAGAAAAUGUGUAGAAUUAUAAGUAAUCAAGCACACAUCACGUAUAUUUUACGAUUAAAAUUGGCAUUGGAACGAUUCUGGGGAAAAAUCUCUGUCGGUGCACUUUGUCCAUGGAUUGACUUAUUUUACAAUAUCGGGAUUCUGAUGUCGAACGAUUCUGAAAAAAGAAAAAAAAAGAGAGAAAAUCUCUAUGAUAUUUCAACACGAACGUACUCGAGAAAUUCAAGAAGGCAGGAAGUGAAUGAACCAUUUCUGGCCGAGAUUAAACGUUCAUUUUUUCCGAAUGAUUAAUAAUUAAUCGUUAUAAAAAAAAAAAAGAAAAGUCUCGAUUCUUUUAACAGAAACGAAUACCAUAUACAUAUAUAUAUAUAUAUACCAUAUUAUAUAUAUCAUAUAUAUAUUAAAAUGAUAUAAUAUAUUAUGAUAUAAUGAUUACUUAUAUAUAAUAUAUAUACAUGUAUAUGGAUACAACACUUCUGUCUAAUUAACAGUUCAUUUUCAAAAUGAAAAAUCGGCAUCGAAAAGAGGAAAAAAGGAAACAUCCGGCGAUUCCUCAAGCGAGAAAUAUACAGAGAAGGCACCGUAAGGUAUAGUUUGACGCCGGGUGUUAGGUUUUAACGAGUAAUCAGGAGCUGCGAGGAUCGGUGAAACGGGAUAACCAGUGACUGGAUUUCAUCGUGUACGCGGAUCCAGAUCGCGUGGAAAUAUACCUUCCCUCUGUUGAAAGGUUAACGCAUAUGCGGUAUACGUGUAUACGUAUAAUAUCGUUUCCUCGAGGUCAGAGGGAAAGGCGAAACUUGGGAAGGAUGCUCGGGGAGAUAGUUUAUCAUUACACGACACGCGUGUAAAGCGACGGGCAACGCCUGGAUUCAACGAACGACGAUCGAUUUUUAUCGUAAGGAAUAAAUUAUUAAUAUAGAUCUCCACGACAUCCGUUGUGGAGGGGAACGCUUCUCGCGAUUCGAUCAAUUUUUUUCCUCCAUCGGACAGAAUCGAGAGAGGCUAUAUACGCUUUUUUCUUUUUUAUUUUCGCCUUUUUCUUGGGAAAUUAUAUCUGAAAUAUAUAGACAGCGAGAGAUUGCGAGUUCCUCGGGGCGCAACAAGUUGGAGUUCCUUCGCUGAAUAUUCCGUCUUUCCCGUUGUUUGCUUGUUCCAUGAUACGUAAAAAGAGAUUUCUUCCGACUGGACGGAUGGGUUGUUGGUCGUGGCGAUUGACAGCACGAGCGAGCGCGCGUCGUAGAGAACGAGGAUUUUUAACUCUUCAAGCGGUUGCACGGUGCAAUGGAAAAUACGCACGGGAAUGUUUUUUAACAGCCAGCAAUACUUGCGUUGCGAAGGUUAGAUUUUCUCUUUGUAUUUAUUAUUUUUUUUAAUCCUUCGAGUGGGCGUCACUUGACGAAGAUAUUAGAGGAAAUGACGAAUAUUUUAUUGAUUGGAUUGGAUUAUACUUUUCUUUGCAUUUUAACAUUUUUCCUUGAUGAAUUUGCUCGCGAAUAUAAAUAUAAUAGAUAUAAUAGAUGUAAUAAAUAUAUUUAUAUAUAAAUAUAUUGUGAAUAUUAGGUAAGUAGAUAAUUAUAUCGAGCUCGAUAAUAAACUCACGAAAAUCGAAAAUUUCGAAUUUUACGUAAGAAACUUAAUACAAAGGAUAGAAUUAAUGAAUGCUACAUUUUUAAUAACAAUUUCAACAAUUUGACAAAAUGAUAAAGGUAAGAGAAGCUCGACUUGCAUUCAUUUCCAUCCGUGACGAAUUAUUGUUUAUUUCUCACUCGUGUAACCGAUAAUCAAACCGAUUAAUUAAUUUAUCCUCGUUCUCUUCGCCAGAUGAGAAUCGACGCCACGUGUCUCUCUCUCUGAACAUCGAAUCAAAAGAUAAUUCUCGAAAUCGAAAUUCAUGCACGAACAAAUGGAUAUAUAUAUAUAUAUAUCAUCUCUCUGAACGAUCUCGUGUAAUCUUAAUGUUUGCGAAUCCUUGUUUACGACGAGCGCCAUUUUGUAUAAAAAGAAGCAAAUGCCGGAGGAUCCGAUUUCGUAUCUCGCAGCAAGUUCUUCAACAUUGUUAUCCUUUAAGCUUAUGUAAGUUUAAAAUUAAGGGGAUUUGUAGUACGCUAGAUGUGUGUGCUCGAUGCGAAUACAUUGGCACACUCUUUUUAAGGAAAUUAAACGGUGCAUUGACUUAACGAUUUAAAAAAAAAAAAAAGAAAAAAAAAAGAGAAAACGAUAAACGAACGAAAUAAAAAAAAAAAGUAAAUUUAUUAAAUAAUUAGAAUAAAUAAGGGGCGAAACUAUAUCUUUUAUCGUCGAUGCUAAGUUUUCACUUUGACACGUUGUUAUCUCUGAGAGAAAUUUUUCAGUGGCAUGUCAUUUCUCUCUCAAGGAAACUUUUUUUUUUUUUUUUUUAAUAAUUAAUGAUGUUAAUGUAAUAAUGUAUUUUUCAAGGUGUGAAAAAAAAAAAUAAGAGACACGAGUAUGCGAAUGAGAAAAUUGAUGACAGAACUUGUUAAGAGAUACUUAGUGCACAUAUAUACAUAUUAUAUAAAUAUAAAUAUAUACAUAUAUAUUUAUUCUUUACUGUAAACGUUUCUUCAAUCGUGUACAUGUAAAAGAAGGAUGUUGGGUGUUCGUGGCGCUUUGAACACUGUAAAUUUUUUUGUAAAGGUCGGCGAGAGACGUUUCUAACGGGUUUGUAAAGUAAGAUAGAAGGGGAAAAGAAGAGAGAAAAGAGGGAGGAAACGAGAAAACGGGGAGAAAAAAAAAGAGGAAAAAGAGAACACGAAUAUCGUCGUUUAUUGUUUUUAAAACCGUUUUAAAUUCGAUCCACCUGUGUAAAAUAUUUUCCUAAAACUAUUUACGACGUAAAAAGUCCGUUUUUCCGUUUGGUUGUACAUAAUACUGCACUCUACGAUUAAUUAUUAUUAUGAUUAUAUAACAUUGCUGCUCUUGCUGGUAUAUUAUAAAUAAACGUAAAGGUGUUGCAAUUCAGUGUGGUUAACACCUUAAUCCGGAUCUUUUCUUGCGUUACACCGUUUAAGCACUUUAUUUGUUUAUUGUCGUUGGUAUAAAAAAGGCUUCUCAGUCAUUGCGUUUGAUUUAAUUUUCUCCCUUCAUUUAUAUAUUAGAUUUAGCGGAAAUCUCGUAAUCCUGUAAUUUCCUUUCGUCUAUUCGACGAGAUUAAUUCGUAUAGAUAUUGGAUAUAGUAUAAUAGUUUUUAAGUAUUUUUUCGGAAGUUUAUCAUGGGUUAAUCUUAUUUGAUUAUUCUUAAAAAAAAAUUUUUGAAAAUUGUAAAAAUAUUUCUUCAAUUCAAAUACAUUGUAAUAUCCCAUUAA